AUGGAGCUGGCUCUACGUAAUGAUCAAUUUGAACUAUUUUGCAGUUCCGGGGCCAUUUCUGUGGUGAAAAUCCUUCGAGUUUUGCGAGUACUGAGACCUCUUCGUGCCAUCAAUCGAGCCAAAGGACUGAAGCACGUAGUGCAGUGCGUUAUUGUUGCGGUUAAGACAAUCGGAAAUAUUGUUCUCGUGACGUGGCUCCUUCAGUUUAUGUUUGCUGUCAUUGGAGUGCAAUUAUUUAAGGGAAAGUUCAAUUCGUGCUCAGACGGCUCAAAGACCAUCGAGACUGAGUGCCAUGGAACUUAUUUGGUUUUUGAAAAUGGCGAUGUCGACAAACCGGUUCUGAGAGAGAGAAAUUGGUCAAGAAAUCGUUUUCACUUUGAUGAUGUAUCAAAGGCUAUGCUGACACUUUUUACCGUAUCGACAUUUGAAGGAUGGCCAGGACUCCUCUAUGUGUCAAUUGAUUCAAAUGAGGAAGAUUUUGGUCCUAUUCACAAUUUCCGUCCAAUUGUUGCUGCCUACUACAUAAUCUACAUCAUUAUAAUAGCCUUCUUUAUGGUGAAUAUCUUUGUGGGGUUUGUCAUUGUGACAUUUCAGAAUGAAGGUGAACAGGAGUACAAAAAUUGUGAAUUGGACAAAAAUCAGCGAAAUUGCAUUGAAUUUGCAUUAAAAGCCAAACCAGUACGACGUUAUAUACCAAAACAUCGGAUACAGUACAAAGUUUGGUGGUUUGUAACGUCACAACCAUUUGAAUAUACAAUUUUCAUUCUCAUUAUGAUCAAUACAAUAACACUCGCAAUGAAAUUCUACCGACAACCAACUCUGUACACUGAUGCCCUCGAUGUGCUCAAUAUGAUCUUUACGGCCGUUUUUGCCCUAGAAUUUGUCUUCAAAUUGGCAGCAUUUCGUUUCAAGAAUUAUUUUGGUGAUGCGUGGAAUGUAUUUGACUUUAUCAUCGUUCUGGGAAGUUUUAUUGACAUUGUCUACUCUGAAGUAAAUGUAAAACAAGGCUCAAAGCCUGGCUCCAUUAUCUCCAUCAACUUCUUCCGUUUGUUCCGUGUGAUGAGAUUGGUGAAGCUGUUGAGUCGUGGUGAAGGUAUACGUACCCUUCUAUGGACAUUCAUAAAAUCCUUCCAGGCUCUACCCUAUGUUGCCCUCCUCAUUGUCAUGCUAUUCUUCAUUUAUGCUGUUAUUGGGAUGCAGGUGUUUGGAAAGAUAGCCCUUAGUUCAGAUACAUCAAUUCAUCGCAAUAACAACUUCCAGACCUUUCCCCAGGCUGUUCUUGUGCUCUUUAGAUCAGCAACUGGUGAAGCCUGGCAGGAUAUUAUGAUGGAUUGUAGUUCGAGACCUGGUGAAGUUAAAUGUGAUCCAAGGUCUGAUGAUAGUGAAUCAAAGGAAGGAUGUGGAUCGAGUAUUGCCUUUCCCUAUUUCAUCUCAUUCUACGUCCUAUGCUCAUUUUUAAUUAUAAAUCUCUUUGUGGCUGUUAUAAUGGAUAAUUUUGACUAUCUAACGCGAGAUUGGUCAAUUCUUGGUCCUCAUCAUCUUGAUGAAUUCAUUCGUCUAUGGAGUGAGUACGAUCCAGAUGCCAAGGGACGCAUUAAACAUCUCGAUGUUGUGACAUUAUUGAGAAAAAUCAGUCCACCGCUCGGUUUUGGUAAACUCUGUCCCCAUCGGGUAGCAUGCAAACGUCUAGUCAGCAUGAAUAUGCCACUAAAUAGCGAUGGUACUGUCCUAUUCAAUGCAACACUCUUUGCUGUGGUCAGGACAUCACUCAAAAUCAAAACAGAGGGAAAUAUUGAUGAGGCAAAUGCCGAAUUGAGGGCUACCAUAAAGCAAAUUUGGAAACGAACAAGUCCAAAGCUGCUUGAUCAAGUUGUACCACCGCCAGGUGUUGAAGAUGAAGUGACCGUUGGUAAAUUCUAUGCAACAUUCCUCAUUCAGGACUAUUUUAGGCGUUUCAAGAAGCGCAAGGAGCAGGAACAGAGAGAUGGUGAUCGUGAUCAUAGUGCAACAAUGACACUUCAGGCUGGUCUAAGGACCCUCCAUGAGGCUGGACCUGAGCUCAAAAGGGCCAUUUCUGGUAAUCUCGAUGAACUGGCCGAAGAACCAGAACCUACACAUCGCCGCAAUCAUUCUCUCUUUGGAAAUGUCUGGUCGUCAAUUCGACGACGAUCGACAACGCCAUCUUUGAGGAAAAUUCCACUAGAUACAGCAGUUACGACAAAUGGUCUAAAUCACAUCCAGAGACCACCACAGUCGACAAUUCAGGAAGAUCAGAAUGGACAGGAAGUCACUGAACAAAUUCACAUGAGACCACUUCUAAUUGCCAAUGCACCUGUGCAGAUCCCAAAAGCCGAUGAUGUACCAAGAAAGACAUCAACACCAAUCCUGUUGCCAGUUCAACCAUCUGAACGUCUGAGACGUAUCGCCAGUGGCCUGAAGUUGGCACAGAAUCAGGCAAUGCUCGUGGCUGGCUUCACACCGGAAUCCAUUGAGAUGCACACAAUGCCCCAUGAUAGUCAUGUACCAAAUCACCGAGCAUCUUUCCAUGGACGAGCCACAAGUGAACUGAACGGAAGUACAACGGCUGAGAGACUCGUUCAUUCGACUCCGGGAUCACCUCAGGAACGUCGAACCGGGUCAACGGAGAUUGUUGGAUCGGCUGAAAGUCUCGUAGGAAGGGUUCUCGUGGAACAGGGUCUAGGGAAGUACUGCGAUGCCGAUUUUGUUCGCUAUACAUCACGCGAAAUGCAAGAAGCCCUCGAGAUGACAAAAGAGGAAAUGGACAUGGCUGCCCAUGAAUUGCUUCAGCGCACCCCAAAGCAUCCCGAUGCAUUAUAGCGUAUUGCUGUGGCUGUCAAGUGAUGGGCGACAAAAUGGCGGCCACCGACACAUUUGCCCAAAGGCCCCUUCCUUUGAUAGUGAAUUAACAACAACAACAAAAAAAAAGAAAAAAAUCUAAAAAAAAAAAAAUCUAAACAGCAGAAGUAAAAUGAAAAAGUUUGAAAAAAAUAUAUAUAAACAAAACACAAACCAAGUGCCUAAAAAAAAAAAAGAAAAAGAAAAAGAAACAGAGAAAUCCGUAGCUCUGCCAGUUAAAACAUCCUUUGUCCGCUCCCCAACCUUUGACCCUUUCCAUCCUCCCUUAGCCCCCCCCCCCUUCCCACCGGCAACAAGAGUGCCAAAGGUGCCAUUUUGCUGCGAACAUAACCUCAAAAAAAAAACAAAAACAAAAAACAAGAAACAUCCCCCAAAAAUGUGUCAAAGAAAAAUAACUUAAAGAAAGACUUGUGGGCCAAAUUUCUUACCACCUUCCCAAAAAAAAAAAAGAAAACAAUUUAAAAAAAAUCGCAGAAUUUAGGAAGAAAAAAAAUGACGGACAGUUUUUAGAUGUAGAAAUUAUUAAACAAAAAAAAAAAAAAAACAAAAUAUAUAAAAUAGUGAAUAGUAAAAAAAAAAAACGAUGAAUAGAAUCCUUUUCCAAGAGAUGGUGUCACAAGCGAAAUGUAUAUUUAUGGGUUUUACAAACAGAAAAAAACUCUCAUUUGAAACAAUUUGUCAAAUAAUGUGAAAAAAACAACAUAUUAGUGAUAAAAAAAAAAUGUGUCGAACUAAAAUA